AUGAUAAUGAAAAAUACCCUUCUCACGGUGUUUCUUUCCCUCGUUUCGGUUGGUACCGCGUUCUAUGCAAUGGUUUAUCCGGCGUGGUUCCAGCAACAUUAUCGUCGUAAUGGGCAUAAUGUAUACCAAGGGUAUGGACUUUUUGCCUUUUACUCGACCAGCUCCCUCGAGUCGCCGUUCUACGCAUCGGCGACGGUCCUACAGUACAAGGAUUUCUGUGUAACGAACUUUCCUACACCCAAUUACAUGUUGGGAGACGGUGUGGAUUUCCACGAGAUUUUAUGCGGGAAAAGAAUGAUGUCCGUACAGGCUACGACCGCCACUGGUGCCGCGGUGUCGGUUUUGGGACUCUUGACUGCCAUUGGAGCAGUUUUUAACCCCUCGGUCGGGUAUAUGGAACGCAUGGUGUCGUUUUGUACACUUGUUGGAUCUCUUUUAUUGGCUGUCUCGUUGAUUAUAUGGGGAGCUCUUUUGCAACAGACGUUGUAUAGUAUUGAUACUAUUAAUUCAGCGUAUACCAGUUGCAAAGCGGAUAAUAUCCAAUGGCAUUGUUGGUUUUACGGAUAUAGUUUCUGGGUCUGUCUUGCAUCGGUGAUUAUCCUGUCGAUUACUGGAUAUUUGAGUUCGGCGGGUCGAGCGGAAAAAAUCCGAUAUUUUCGAAAAGAAUAUGAACGGGAUUUGGCUAUGGCCAUGCAACAAAGUGCCGAUACGGAUGGAAAUCGUACAAAUCAUACCCAAUUUGUACGAAGUGAAUCAAGUGGUGGGUUUGGGUUACAGCCGUCUCAACGGGCCUACGGACAAGCUCCGACUCCGGCUCCGUAUAAUGCCACGAGUGGACAAUUGUAUACAACGCCACAACAUUUGCAGCCCAGUGGAAGUUUAUAUGGUCGUCAAACGUCUGGUCCGAAACCCAUGGGAUAUCAACGACAAGUGAGUAAUGUGUCACUCGCUGCACCAUCAACUAGUGGAAUUCAUCAAGCUACAAGCAAUGACAGUGAUGCAGUGUAUCCAAGUUAUAGUGAACAACGCAGGAACCAUUCAUUGCUAGGUCCUCAAAAUCGUGGAGGGGUCGUGUAA